AUGAAAGUGCAAGUGAAAUUUCAGAAGAAACCCCUUCAGAAGAAACCCCUUCAGAAGAAACCCCUUCAGAAGAAAAACCUUCAAAUGAAAAAUGCCGUCUCGUACCACGUAGAUUUAUUUUGUUCCCAACCCUUUUAUGCACUUCAAAUCCAUUUCUUUAAAAAUAAGUGCUAUAUGUUCAUUCUUAUCAAUAUCGAACCUAAUAGGUACAAAGAGUUACUUGAUGUAUUUUGUCGAGUGCUUAACUUUGAUAAACUUCGAUUUCAAGUCCUUUAUACCAAAAAAAGGCUAUUGCGGAGAAAGCAAGAGAAUGGGGCAGAGGCGAUUGAGACUGAGACGCCUACAACAAAAACUGCACAUGUUAAUACAUACAGAUUAUAUCCAACGCAUUUUCAGUCACCUGAAUGUCCUUUUAAAUUUCCAUGGAUUUGGCCAAAUAAGUGGAAACCACUUCCGUAUAAAGAAGAUAAGUCUAAGGUUCCGCUGGUAGUCUUUGGGACAGGAAUGUUUGGAAAAGACCUGGUUAAGCUGAAGCGUCUUGAGUGUGGCGUGACUGGGGUUAUGUGGAGAUCAUUAAAAAAACGCGAAGCUGCAUGUGAAUUGAUCGCUAUCACGAUUGACGAAUAUAAAACAUCCAAAGUAUGCAGUCAAUGUUAUUUUGAUACCUUGAAGGUGUGGCAAAGCGACGUGAAUGCUGCCGGAAAUAUGAUGAUAAUAUCAAAGGCGAUUUGGUCAGGCGAAGGAAGACCAGAGGCUUUUGAACCCAAAAAGACUAAACAAUAAGCCUAAUAUGUUAUCAUUAUAGUAUCGCCGUAUUAAACAUGGUUUCCUUUUGAGUAAGGAUUGAGAUCAUUACAAGUAAAAAAAAAAGAGCAAUGUUUGUCCGAAAAUUCAUUUUCUUACAUUUUGUCCGAUAAAGUAAACAACUAGCGGGUUUAUUUCAUCGUCAUUAUUAUUUGAAACUACUACACUCAUUCUGAACAAACUAUAAUAUAAGGCACGUCAUCUUUGUAAAAUAAUUUGAGGCGUUUAUAUACUCGUUGUGGAACAACGUUUUUAGAAUGUAAUAAAUACACAUACACAUGCUUAUAUCCAAUGAUCUUAUUAGACCUUUGUGAUAUUGUUUAUGGCAAGAG